AUGCCUUCUUCAAAGCAACAUAUGAUGAACGAUGCAUCCGACACUAAACCUCUGAGGGACGAGGGAGGGUUGCAUACAAUGUCUCAACUAAGAAUUCGCGACCUCGACGAGGCAGGCAAUCAGAAGUCCCUCUACAUUGCUCAUGGCGCUGGUUCUGUCAUCGAUCGGAUUGAAACCGUUCCGAUGCAGGAUAACAUCCCGCUGGCACGCCGUCUGCUAGGGAUCUUUCUUCCCACAGGCUACCCGAACACUAUUUCGCCCGAUUACACCGCCUAUCAUGUCUACAAUGCGCUGCAAGCAUUUUCUUCCUCGAUUGCAGGGCUCCUGGCUUCCCGAGCAGUGCUUCAAGGUCUAGGCGUGGGUGACGAGAAUGCGUCUGCUACCAAUGCCAUGCUUCUGAAUGUGCUACAAGAGUCGAUGGGGCGGGUGGCAACCAUUCUUUUUGCACAUCGUGUGGGAAGUGCUAUAGAAGCGGAAUGUAAAAUGUACCGAUUCUUGGCCGAUGUACUCAAUGACACCGCCAUGGUAUCUGAUUGCCUGAGUCCGAUGCUUCCGAAGCUGGUCAGAGUACCUCUGCUGGGCGCCUCUAGUGUCUUUCGUGCUUUGUGCGGUGUUGCAGGUGGAAGCUCGAAAGCAACCCUCAGUGCACAUUUCGCCAGAACGGGCAACAUUGGAGAAUUGAAUGCGAAAGACUCGAGCCAAGAGACUGUUGUUUCGCUUCUCGGAAUGUGGGUCGGUGGAGUGGUGGUGUCCUAUGCAACCUCAACAAUGGCGACGUGGAUCUGGCUCAUAAUAUUGAUUGUUGUUCACCUAUCCACCAAUUACCUUGCAGUGCGCUCUGUCAGUAUGCCCUCGAUGAACAGCCAACGCGCCAACAUCGUUUUCUCGGCUUUGAUCGAGGAUGGUCAAGCCCUUCCUCCGGACAAGGUAGCCAAACAGGAACGCAUAUUCGAGCGGAGUAGCACUCUUCGAUGGAAUGGCUCGAAAGCAAUUGGUACCUGUGAGAUCGGAGUACCUUUCACAAGAUUCCUCCGUCGGAUUGGGAAAGUCCAUUCGAAAACAGGAUCCGCCCAGGAUUUGAGAGUCAACAUUACGGAAUUGCUGCGUGUCUUUGCCGAAGAGCAGUAUCUUCUGUGGAUAGAUGCCGGCAAGAGAAGAGCCAUAAUUGUCCUCCUCGACAAUGCAACGGCCCAAUCCCAGCUGCGAGCAUGGGCUCAUGCUCUGCGUUGCAUGCAUACAUUGGAAUGUACGAAGGAGGUCAGCCCUUCUGGGUCCGACAUACUUCGUCUUCUCAGUUCCACAUUGAAAGAGCAAAAUGCUGCUUUUCCAGGUUGGGUCAAACAACUAGAAGCGACUGGCUGGAGCACAAGUACAUCAGCCUUGGAGACCAUGGGUGCUAAACGAGUUGUCUUUGACCGGUAA